UUCCCUCUUGUCUCUCCUCGAAGUGCUAGCCAUCGGUGUGUGUUGUUGUUGAAGCAAUGAUGGCGGCAGCGGGAUGCGGAUCAGCAACCGCGGCUGCCGUAGGAGGCCAAGGUGGAACCGUUACUGCCAGAGGUCGUUUUCCCGGUCGGCCUUGGUCUUCUCGCAGUCGUUUGCGCUCUGAGAAGCGAUGGCAACUCGGACGAUCAGGCUUAGAAGCUGAUGAUGUGACGAAUGGAGGCCAAAGGCCCACAAACCUGGUUCUAUCGUUAAACGAAGACCAGUCUCACUUGCGCUUACUUGGGAUAGAGGCGAGCCACAAGAUCCUUGGCCAGGCUGGAUACAGCUCUAGUGGGAGCGAAGAGGUGAGGUCCCAAACCCACCCAGGAGGUGAUGAUGACUUCAGAGGAUUUGAAGCGGAGAGAAAAGGUUCGAAAGGACCUCGACAAAACCCUUACAAAGGUGAAGGUGUCAAAUCUAAAAUACCAAGCGAGAAGCAACCACCCGCUGUGGAUGCAGUGCCUGAUCUUGCAAAAGAUGAAAAACCUGUGGACAAGAUACUUCGUUUAUCUCCUGAGGCAUCGUCUAUAAAGGAUUGCAGGAAAGGUUUGAAAGGAAAAAACACUAUGGAUCGAGCAUCCACAAAGAGCACAGCCUCAUCAGCAGCACCAAGGAUUACUAUAAAAUUGGUGGCCAAAAAGAAAGUGAAAACUGUAAAGGAACCUGACAAGAAAUCUGCAAAGAAGUUGAAGGUGAAAGGUAUUCAGGAUCAGCCUAAAGCCAAGGACAUUCAGGAUGACCAGAUUUCAAGUGCCCAUGUAAAAUUAAAAGCUGAACCUCAUGAUGACAGACAUGGUGCAGAAGAUAAGGGAGGAGGGACAUUACCUGCAAGAAGGCGUGGAAGAUCUGCCUCUAAGAUAACAGAGCCUGUCUGCCAGACUAACACCAAAGUAGUGGUGGACGACCAAAAACCAAAAGAGAAGAAAUCUGUCACUCAGCUUGACACUGUAAAGGAGAGUGGGACUGAAGCGGCAAAAACAAUUGCAAAGAAAGCAAAACAUAAGGACACUGCAUCAGAAAAAGGUUCUGAGGGCAAUCAGCUUGUGACUCGUAGGAGUAGUAGAGUCACCAACCCACUCUCCAGAAAAGUACCAGAUGUUGCAGCUGAACCAGAGAAUUUGAGUAGUAAUGAAGCUGUUCUGGCGGAGUCAAAGUUAGAUGUUUCUAGAUCUGAGGAGGCCAAACCACCAGCAAGAAGUGAGAGGCGAAGGCAAAGCAGAAGGCUGAAUAAGGAUGCUACACUACCAGAAGACAAUGUUCCAUCAUCAAUAGGGACGACUGACACAAAUGUGCAGCCCAGUUUGCCUUUGAAAAACGAGGGAGAUAAGAUUCCAAGUUUAAAGUUGAUAAAGAUUAGAAACCCCAAGUAUGAUGCACAGUCCAGUGGAAAGAAUUCAACUCGAAAGAAAAAAAGGAGAAAAUAUAUCUGGACUUUAACAUUAGUAAAGUCAGGAGGAGCAGGAGGAGGAGGUCAGAUGCAGGCCACUGAAAAUAUUGUCAAAGUAGCAGAGAAGACUGUGAGUGAGGUGGAUCAGUCCACUUUGUGUGACACUAGUGGCAACAAGAGUUUCAAGGGAAGAGAUAAGAAACCAACACUGGAUAACUUGGCACCAGAGGAGAGUAAUAAGGAUACGGACAGUAAUGAGAAGGCUUCCCAAAAUAAAACUGAUGUCUCAUUUAAUGAGAAGCCUCCUAUACAGGCUGAAGUUGAAUUGGAACAAGUAACUGAAAUGUCUCCACAAGAAAUCACUAAAUUGGAUUGUGGGAAAGUUCCACCUCUUCAAAUUAAAAAAGUUUCCUCCCCUGGUAAACAUAAAAGCUCAAAGCCAUCCUUCCUAAUACAAAAAGUUAGUCCUGUGCCUGAAAAGAAAGAGGAUGUUCAGAAAGAUCCAAGUGAAGCUAAUAUGGAUAAGCCACCGUGUGAGGAUGAAAAAGUCAUACCAACUCGGAGACUUAGGAGGAGGACAUCAAGCCUUGAAUCUCCACAAACAAAAUCUGUCAGUGAAAAGCCAGUGGCGGCUCAGAAACGGAGGGUUAGGACAAAUCAACAGGAAAAAGAUGCUCCACAGGUUCAUGUUGAAGAUUCUUCUCAGGUUUCAACUGAAGAUUCCAGCUCACACGUUCUUCCUGAAACAUCUUGUCAGGUUUUGGCUGUAGACUCCUCUGAGGUGUCUGAGGAGAUGAGUGUAAAGCCGGCUGAAGUUCCUGAUCAGACUUCCUCAGAAAACACUGAGGAACCAGCACAGGUGCCAGGUGAAGUUUUUCCACAGAAGGUGGAGAAUGAGGUAGAACCACAGAUCAAAGAGGCCAAACCUUUACCUGUGCCUUCUAAACCUAAAAGAUGUAGAAAUAAUAAUUCAGGGAAAAAGAGGACUGUACAAAGAAAGAAGGUUAGUGUCACUCCUGAAACUGCUGUCAUUACAGAAGUGGCCACAGUUGAAGCUACUAACACAGAGUCUGUGCAAAAGGAAGAUAGUCAGCCUUUAGUAGAAGAGGUUAGUCAGUCAGAAACAAAAGAUUGCACUCAAGUUGAGGCACAACCGGACAUUGUAUCAGUAGAAGAGCAGAUCCAGCCUCCUGUAAAAGAGGAAACAGAAAUUCAGCUAAUUGACAGUCAACAGCCACUAGUAUCAGAAAUUCCUGUUAGUGAUCCAAAAUCAACAUGCCAACAAAAGAAAUCCCUCAAAAAGGUUAAGAAGAGACGCAAAAGUUUGAUUGGGCAGCGCCAGAAGCACAGGCACAGGAGCAGAGAUGGGAAGUUUGCGCCACUUAAAUCAUCAGAAAGUCAAGAUAUCAUUGAGGGGGAAAGUGAAAUUUCCACCCAGUUAGUGGCUACCACACCAGCCUCAAGUCCUAAACUAAUUGGAGUACAAAAAAAAUACAAAAAAAGACAGUCAGGCCUUCAGUUCAUUGGCUCUAAAAGACCCAAACCACAAUCCAAAAUAAUUUCUAAGCUGAUGGAAAUGGAAAUAGACAAGGAUAGUUUAAAGCAGGAAGAAAGUGACACAUUAGUUGAUGGGGCACAGACAGAUGUAGUCGAUGCUCAGCCUGGUAAAUCAAAGUUUGUGAAAAAUAUCAAACAUUUCAUCAUGCCUGUUGUAAGUGCCAGAUCUUCACGUGUGAUCAAGACCCCACAAAGGUUUAUGGAUGACGCUGGAAUGUCAGUACUGCCUCGAAGAAGCUCUCCAAAGAAGGGUGUGCAACUGGGCUUGCAAAUACGUCCAGCAAAGAAACGAGAUGAUGGUGCAGUCAGAGCAAUAUCCCCUAUUCUGCCGGUUGAUGAGGAGGACAUACUGAGUGAAGCACAACUGGAUGUUGAUUUGUUUUCAGCUCAGGACCUAGACGACACCACUGACAUAGCUGAAAGCCUGUUUUCUGACAGUAAAAGUGGCAAAAGUGAAAAAAGCAGGUCUUUCUUUAAGAACUCCAGCUUCAAGUGGCAUGUGCCUGAAGAGUCUAGCGAGCAAGUGUAUACACUGGACAAUACACCAGAGAACAAAUGUGAGGAUUUGUUUUUAUCUCCGCCAAUUGAUAAGCCCACAGAACUUUCUACACACCUCCAUGAUGUCCAGAAGAAGAAGACUUCCCCUAAAUUUAGUAAACAAACUGCUCACCUCAAGAUUUAUCACAGGCUUAAGAAACUGCAUACAGGAAUUCCCAAGAGCAAAAACACAACAGAGGUGGACAGCGUUACUAAGCCUCUUCAGACGCCUGUUGAUUUAGCAGAAGGACUUGAUGAUGAGGCCAUGAGCAUUAGCCUAAGACAGCGGAAUACAGAUGUAGAGAAAGACAAAUCUAAACUUAAGAUAGAAGACCUCAAUACUCCAGGAGUUGUGAGAAAAGUUGCCGUGUGUGUUAGGACUAUGAACUCCAAGUCUCUUGCAUUUCAGCGUAGUCAAGGGGAACAUUCAGCGGCGAAAGACACUGCCCAACCUCACUCAGGAGAGCUGCAGUCAGGGCAGCGUUCAGGUGGUGGUGGAGAUUAUCCGGGGUCUGUGGAGAAAGGAGCUUCACAAAGAGCGCGUCUCACUGGUGCAAAUAAAAGAAUGUUCAAUCUGCUCAGGAAAGCCAAGGUCCAGCUCAUUAAAAUUGACCAACAGAAACAGCUUAAAUCAUCUGGGCUACUAUCUGGUACAACUGGUGCCAGGUCUAGAGAUGUGAGCUCAAAGAGACAAAGGAGGAAGCAGAGGGUUCAGCUUGAAUCUGAUGUUCCAGUCAAAACAGAGCCACCUCAACAACCACAGCUCAUCUCCCCAUUAUGUCAGGAGUUCCGCAGAGCAGGAGGUCCACGGAUCAAGCAUGUUUGCCGUGCUGCAUCUGUGGUGCUGGGGCAACCUCGAGCAUUGGUACCAGAUGACAUUCCCAGACUGAGUGCUUUGCCUCUUCAUGAAAGAACUGGCAUUUCCCCUUCAGCUGUCACUAAAGAUGUUGGGUCCCCGUCAGAAUCAGACAGUCCUGGGCUGUCAGAUCAAAAGGUCACCAAGGUCAAGAAGCCAUCAAAUUUUGUGAAACGGAAAGGACUUGGGCCAUUUGGUUACCGCUCUCGGAGAUGUGGUGUAUGCAAAGGCUGCAACCACGAGGAUGAUUGUGGGAAGUGCAUGAACUGCCUUGACAAACCCAAGUUUGGUGGUCCUAACACCAAGAGGCAGUGUUGUGUGUAUAAGAGAUGUGACCAAAUAGAAGAGAGAAAAGCACGCAGACUAAGUGGAAGAACAGUGCCCAAAGGUGCCUCUAAAAGACGGCGAUCGUCCUUCAGUGGUGGCCAUUCAAGUAAUGAUGAAGGGAAUGAAGGUACUGCGGACUCACCAUCAGGUCUUCAUGGUGAUGGUCACAGUCCAUCCGUUAGAAAGCAGCCAAAGCGCAUUGUGAAACCCCGUGUCUACUUUGAUCUGGUGGACUAUGACUCAGAUCUAGAUGACAAGGCUAUCUCGAGCUCUACCUCACCAGCCAGGAGGAGAGGCCCUGGACCACGUUUCAGUGAAGACUUUGUGUCACUGGAUGGAUUCCUUGGGGACAUUUCAGAUGAUGAAGUUAGACAUCGUAAAUCCAGUUCACAUCGUGUACCAACUGGUCGACGGAAAUCUGAAAAGGGUCCUUUGGAGCAAACUCCUCCCAGUGUCCUGGCUGCCUUGGCUCAUGGAUUUGAGCAGAGAGACACAGAGUCAUCUAAGCCUACUCACAAAAUCAGGGUCGACUUCAAGGAGGACUGUACCCUGGAAAACGUCUGGAAUAUGGGUGGUUUAAGUAUAUUGACCUCUGCGCCGCUCAUGCCACCAUAUGUGUGCUUCCUCUGUGCCAGUAAAGGGCAACAUGAGAUGCUGUACUGCCAAGUAUGCUGUGAGCCUUUCCACCAGUUUUGCCUUGACCAAGCAGAGCGCCCUUCUGAAGAGAAUAAGGAGAACUGGUGCUGUCGUCGCUGCAAGUUUUGCCAUGUGUGUGGUAGGAAAAACAAACAAUCCAAGCCCCUGUUGGAGUGUGAACGGUGUCAGAACUGUUACCAUGCAUCUUGUCUGGGACCCAACUAUCCGAAACAAAACAAAAAGAGGAAAGCUUGGGUUUGUAUGACAUGCAUAAGAUGUAAAAGUUGUGGAGUCACGCCAGGGAAAAGUUGGGACACUGACUGGAACCACGAUAAAGGACUCUGUCCAGACUGUUCAAAACUCUAUGAACAGGGUAACUACUGUCCAAUCUGCUUCAAGUGCUAUGAGGACAAUGACUAUGACAGUCAGAUGAUGCAGUGUGGCACCUGUAACCACUGGGUUCAUGCCAAGUGUGAGGAUCUAACAGAUGAACUGUAUGAGAUCCUCUCCAGUUUGCCGGAGAGUGUAGUGUACUCAUGUCGGCCAUGCAGUGUGACGCAGCCCAGUGCCUGGAGGGAGCUUCUGUAUAUUGAGCUCAGAGCCGGAGUGGAGAAGGUGCUGGCCUGUUUACUUUCCUCUACACUCACACAGCACCUUGUAACUUGCUCACAGUGUGAAAAGCUGGUUGAUCCUGACAGUGGGAUAGAAGGACAGCCAGCCUGUGACCUCCGUUCUGUAGGCAAGAAGUUUGACAAAGGCCUUUACACUACAUUGAAAAUGUUUCAUGAAGAUGUAGUUCAGGUGGUGAGGAAGAGGCUUGAGCAGGAGGACGAUCUUCCAGAGGAGCAGAGACCCACUGCCCUUGCACGCUCCUACUACUUAAAGCUCCUUGAGGAAGUAUUUAACUGGUUCAACAGCCAAGACCCAAAGGUUUGGAACCCUUGUACCAAAGACUUGCCUGUGGGGAUGCUGUCCAACGCUGUUUAUCCGCCUACAACAGAGCAUUUUUAUGCUCAGUGGCAUGAGAGAGAAGAGUUCACUUCCAGAGUUCCUUUAGGCCUCUUGCAAGAGGAAAAUGGUCAAAGCAUAGAUGUGAAGGAAGAAGAGCUGGUUUCCACCAUGUCUGGUGAAUCAAUAAACCACUUCAAAACCAGCAGGGCUGUUAGACUCAAAUUCAAAGGUAAAAGGGGGAGGCUUUCAAAAGCCGAUCUUGACACUGGAUGGUCGACAGAUGAUGAAAGACAGUGCUCUUUGUGCCAGAAAUAUGGUGACCUCAAGCCAAAUGAGGCGGGCAGGUUGCUGUACUUGGGCCAGAACGAGUGGGCUCAUGUGAACUGCUGUUUAUGGUCAGCUGAGGUGUUUGAGGAGGACAAUGGCUCUCUACUACAUGUGCACAGUGCUGUCACAAGAGGCCGCUUGAUGCGCUGUGAACGUUGCAACCAGACGGGGGCCACAGUGGGCUGCUGCCUGACUUCAUGUCAAAGCAACUAUCACUUCAUGUGCGCCCGCUCUCGUCAGUGUGUAUUCCAGGAUGACAAGAAGGUCUAUUGCUACAAACACAGACAUCUCAUCAGUGGCAGGAUGAUAACUGGUCAGGAGUUUGAAGUCAACCGCAGGGUGUAUGUGGAUUUUGAGGGAAUCAGUCUCCGUAGAAAGUUCUUGACCGGAGUAGAACCAGAAUUAAUCAAUGUGAUGAUUGGUUCCCUACAGAUUGACAAACUUGGUGUGCUGACAGAAGUUUCAGCUAGAAAAGGAAAAUUAUUUCCUGUGGGGUUUCAAUCGUCUCGCUGGUACUGGAGCACAGUGAAUCCCUUGCGCCGUUGUAAAUACACUUGCACUGUCCGAGAAGUUCGACCCCUUGUCCCUGAGAAGCCAGUUGAAGAGAUGCCAAACCAAGGAGACAAUCAAACUAUUGUCCACAGCCCCUGUCCACCACCUGAAUCUGAAGAUCAAGAGACUGAUACAGACUCGCAGCCCCACUUGGAGGAAACGUUUGUACCAGUCCAACCCCUCAAGUCAGAUCACGGAGCAAGGCCAAAGAUUCCCAGUUAUCCCCAAGCCAGAAGGCCAGCUGGAGGCUUGUCCAGACCUCUGCCAUCCCCAGGUAUUGCCCAGUUAAAACCCCACCACAUUUUAACCAUAAGCGAUCUGGAGGAGACUCGAAGGGUCCGUCGCCACAGUCCACAUUCACAGACAACAGGCCUCCGCAGUCACAUGUCGCCGCCUCCACUGGGCCCUCUGGCCGGACCAGUCCCUUUACGUGCUGGAAAAAGUCCCCUACCUACUUCCCCACUGUUUCCGCUUGGUGCUACAGAAAACCUAAUAAAUUCUCCAUCGUCCCGCCCAGUUGGAGGUAGAAGUGCUUCCUCAGUCCGAUGCCACGGAAAUACAAUGACUCAUUGUACCUCAUCUUUCUUCUCUCAGUCCCCCUGGCAGGAUAGUGAAGGAAGUUUUUCAUCUCCAAGUCUGUCUUUUUCUUCAUCUAUACAGCAUUUGCCCAGAAACCGGUUAUCAUUUGAUCUGAGCCAGUCAGACUCAGUUGAGGUACCACACAAUUUCUUGGCUUCACCAGAGCCUGAAGAUGUCUCACCUGCGAAUGGUACAUCACCACAGGGGGACCAACAGAAGGAAGAUGAAUUUUCCUUCAAUUCAUUCCACAAGGAUUCUAAUAUUUCUCUAGGCCAAGAGAUGAGGACAGAACUGGAGAUCGAAGAGACACUCCUUAAUGAAGGUGUGGCAAUGAACUGUGGGGGCCAAAUAGUGGUGGAAGGCGAUGAUCAGGAGGAGUUUUGGGAAAGAUCCCAAGAGGUACACAAGAGAAAGACUCUAGUUGCUAACCUUCCUCGGUCUGCAGCCUCAACCAGAGAUGAUUUGGGAAACACCUCCUCUGACGAUGAUAUGGAGCACUAUUUUGACUUUUCACGGACAAUUGUAAGCCGCCCAGGAGCAAAAGAUCAUUGCAAGUCUCCCUCCUCUCCUUCUUCCCGACCUAUGGCUCAACUGGACGGUGUGGAUGAUGGCACAGAGAGCGAUGCAAGUAUAGCCACCAGUGACGAUGCUCAGAAAGUUGAGGGCAAUAAUCAAACUUCAAUACAAGCCAAAAACCAGCUCAAUAAAAAAGGCCCUGAAUCUGAAAAUGGCACACAGACUGUUCCAAGUAUCAGCCCUAACACAUCUUCCAAUGAUAAACACACCGAUUCUCUAUCAGGUACCCUCUCAGCAGCCAGCAGAACGAUAGAAUCUUCACAUCAAGAUAUACGGAAGUCCUAUGAGCAUUCAAAUGUGGCCAGUAUGGAAUUAGUCUCUCCAAAACAUUCCACAAAUUUACCAAUGAAAGAGCAAAAGUCUGCAACUCCUUUACUUGAUCAGGAGUCUGUGCUUCCUACUCUAGAUAUUCUGCCUAACGUACUCACAAAGGUGCCUGAGACAUCACAUUCAGAGGAGCUAUUCCAGGGUUCCAGUUUGGGUUUUGCUUCUGGAACACCUCUUGUUCUUGAAAGAUGUGACACCAAUUCCCAUUUAGCUGAGAUUGUUCCAUUGCUCGCAGAUUCAUCACUAGAGACCCAACAGUCUGAUGUUGGGACAUUGACAAAAACUAUGAACUCAGAACCUGACAGUGGUCACUUUGUCACAUCAGCUGAGGGAUCUGGUCUCUUAAUGAACCACUUAACAGUGAAUGAAAUAGAGCCUUCAUUGGCCACCUCUGCUGAUAGUAGUCAGGGUCCCCUCCUGGAUCUCCUUCAGCCCUCCCCUUUAAUACCUCCUGAUGCACAAAACCCUUCUCCAGGCCUUGUAAACUCUCUGCAGAUGUAUUCCUGUUUGCCAGGUUUCAGUCAGCCUCCUUUAACAAGCAUCACACUUCAGCCAGUAACAACCACACAAGAGUCUACAACCUUUCCUCUAUCAGACCCUUUGUCUACUAAACUAACCACCCUCACUCCUGUUGGAGACAUAACACAAGCACUAAUCAAUGUUCCCCCUCAAAAUGACCCUGUGCUCUCAGCAACAUCAGGCACUUUUCCCACUGCAGGAACUACUGGUACUAUCUCUGUACCAGUGUACUCCCCUCAGACACAACCAUUGGGUUCUGCAGCUGUCACCAUCGUUUCCUCAUCUGCCUCAGUAUCUUCGCUUUCUGGACUGGUAACACAGUGCUCAGCAGCUCCGGUGUCAGUCCAGACAACUUCAGCCCCUGUCAUUUUAAAUGGUUACAACUCCACAUCUUUGCAGAAAGAUGCUACAUCUGGUCAUACAAUCUCCAUAAACUUUUCUGCACCCAGGCCCGCUUUGGAACCUCAACAGCCAGUGGUACCCCAGGCUUUACCUGGCCAUGCCAUUCUAACAGUGAAAGAGGUGGGAGGUCCAAAUGUAGAUCCUACGCCACAUGUCCUUCUGGUCAAUCGUCUUGGGCAGAUCUUUGUAAAGAACCCAGAGAGCAACACUUUCCAACUUCCCACUCCUAACUCACCCUCCUAUAACUGUGUUACGCAAAUUGCCAGCCUUUUGCAAAGUAAUGCACUGUCAGCCACAUUAGCAGCAGCUGGUAACAUGUCUGCCCCUUCCCCUGGGGCCAACGUGGCAACAGCAGCUCCUCCAUCUGUCACACCUGCAGUUCAGAAUCCCACCACAAUUACACAGCUCCUUACACACAAUAACAAUGGUGCAGUGGCAUCAGUUAAUGUGAAGAAGCCAAGAAAGAAUACAAAAGCGUCAAAAGAUGAACCUGUUCCAGAGUCGAAAAAAACAAAGAAAAAGAAGGAAUCCAGUUCAUCAAGAAAAUCCAAGUCAGCCAAGGCCACAGGGCUGCCUUCUCUGUCAACAGAGAAUCCACCCAUGACUCCAGCUGAAAGUGCACAAGCAAUUAUCAAUCAGGCCAUGGCAAGUAACUACACCCCAAAGUGGAGUGGGCUUCGGACACUUAGCCCAUCCUCGCUGGUUUUGCCUCCUGGACUGUUAAUUGAGCCAGAACCAUCGGUGUCACCUCCCUCCCCAACACCUGCACCAGCACCAGCAUCCACCCCUGUACCUGUAACUCGCCCUCGUACCCACGUCCGUAUGAAGAGAGUAUCUUCACUGUCAGACCGCAUUGUCACCAAGAAAUCUAAAGUUGACUUCUUGCAACCAGAACCCAUCAGUGAAAUUGAAGAGCACCGUAGACCUACCUUUCCAAGCAUCUCUAGCAGGGCCUCAGGAGUUCGCAUCAAGACACCAACUGUGAAAGGAGUGUUGAACUUGGAUGACAUAAAGGAGGACCAUUUCAGUGAUUCUGGUAGCUCAGGGUCUGAGCCUUGGGAUUAUAUGUCUCGAGGUGAACAAGGCAAACAGCAGGCUUGGGAACCUGUGGGACACAGUACUCUGACUGACUGGAAGAAAUACUCUGGCGCUGCAUCUACCUCAGAUGAUGAACCACCACUAUCAGAUGAGGAUGUUGAAUAUCCCAGUAGCAGGGACCAGCCACAUUUAAAAUUUGAAAUAACCAGCGACGAUGGUUUCAGUGUGGAGGCCGACAGUAUUGAAGUUGCUUGGAAAGCAGUUAUAGAUGGGGUGCAGGAAGCACGAGCAAUUGCAAGGCUGAGGCCUCUUACCUUUCAAAGGAUCACUGGUGACCGUAUGCUGGGGCUGGUCCAUGAUACAGUGGUGUUUCUGCUGGAGCAACUUCAAGGAGCACACCGCUGUCAACGCCACACCUUCCGGUUCUUCAAACAGUUUUCCCAGGAAGAUGACCUACCUGUCAACCCCAGUGGCUGUGCCCGCUCUGAGCUCUACCUUAGAAAGUCAACAUUUGAUAUAUUUAACUUCCUGGCAUCUCAGCAUCGACAGCUUCCUGACAUUGGACCUUAUGAUGAUGAAGAAGAUGAGGUUCUUUUGAAGUCAACAAGGCGGGCUACUAGUUUGGAGUUGCCCAUGGCUAUGCGGUUUAGACAUCUUGAAAGAACUUCCAAGGAGGCUGUUGGCGUGUACAGGUCUGCUAUCCAUGGGCGUGGCCUUUUCUGCAAGAGGAACAUUGAAGCAGGGGAGAUGGUUAUUGAAUAUGCAGGCAUUGUUAUCCGUUCAGUGCUCACUGACAAAAGAGAAAAGUACUACGAUGGCAAGGGUAUUGGCUGUUACAUGUUCCGCAUUGAUGACUUUGACGUGGUGGACGCCACCAUGCAUGGAAAUGCAGCAAGAUUCAUCAAUCACUCUUGUGAACCCAACUGCUACUCAAGAGUGAUCAACGUGGAGGGUCGCAAGCAUAUCGUUAUCUUUGCUCUAAGGAAGAUCUACAGGGGGGAGGAGCUCACGUAUGACUACAAGUUUCCCAUUGAAGAUGCCAGCAACAAACUCAGCUGUAACUGUGGGGCCCGGAGAUGUCGGCGCUUCCUCAACUGAGAGAUCCCUCUUGAAAAGGGGAUAAAUCUGUUUACUAGUAAGCCUUAAAUUAAGGUGGCACUGAGUUGGGCUUGGGGAGGUGGCUGAAAGUCCAUAAAAAAAUGGGGGAUUUCGCCACUAUAAGAAUGGUUAAUAACACUUGGCUGGUCAGAAAGGAUAGGUGGACAAGGUUGGAACAGCGAGUAAGAAGAAGAGAAAAUCCUGCACAAAAAUUUGCGAACUUUUGAGAAGUUUAUAUGUUCACAAGGUACUGUUUCCUCUAGAGUACCAAUGUAUAGCUGGCACAGUAACGUCACCACAAGAGUAAAUGCUGAAGAGGAAGUAAGAAACUGUUAAACCAUUUGUAGAAGUUGUGGAGAGGUCCUGGAUCUAUUUGGAUGACACCAACAACAUUUCUUUGAUACACACGUCAAGCCUUACCUGUUUGAAUCAUUGCUAAAAACCCUCUUACUAGGCUUUGAGAGAUUCCGUACAUUUUCAUUUAUUUCUGGGUACAGGUUGCUGUAGUAGUACACUCGUCACGAUUGCUCCAUCCUCCAGUGAUGGGAACCUUUAGCCCCAUCUGUGCAGUCUGAUCUUGAGCCAUACAUUCACCCCAACCUUUAUUAUUUUAUAUUUUAUUGAACUGCUCAUGUGGUGUUUUCUUUUUUUUUUCUUUUUAAUU